AUGCCUGAGGCACCAGAUCUCUCCAUUUCUGCCAAGUUUCGGGAAAGGAUACCGCCUUCCCAUUCCGGUAACAGUCACCCAGCACCCGGCGCGCUAAGUGAGUCCAGGGAAAACUCGAGCCCAUCAGCGGGUGAGGCAACCUUCACCACCUCCUUACAACCUCCCCCCGACGCAACCUCCAUCACCUCACCAUCCAAGAAUAUCGCGUUCCACAUCGCGAUAUCUCUUCAGGCGAACCUCGUUACGCGACCUCUAGCGACAUCGCCCCCUUUCCUCUCCUUUUCACGGCUUCGUGACUUCCGGAAAUCCCAGGUCGCCGGCGCCCUCGUGGCAAGGGCAAAGGCCGCAGCCGGCCAGCUACUUUCGCAUCACCUUCGUUUCAUCAUCGCCUUCUGUGAACUUGACUUUCGGGCAUCCUUGCCAAUCCGCGCUCAGCCUAGCUCACCGAUCACGAAUUUCGACGACCUUUUCGCAUCCAUCACCGCAACCAUGUCGAACGUUUUCUUCCCCUACUCCAAGGCGCCUUUGCGCACCGUGAAGGAGAUUCAGUUCGGUCUUUUUUCGCCGGAGGAAAUAAAGCGCAUGAGUGUGGUUCACGUUGAAUACCCGGAGACAAUGGAUGAACGUCAACGACCCCGAACAAAAGGUGUUAAUGACCCGCGGUUGGGUACGAUCGACCGCCAGUACAACUGCGAGACUUGCGAGGAAGGCCCAAAGGAGUGUCCUGGACACUUCGGCCAUAUUGAACUCGCUUCUCCAGUCUUCCACAUUGGUUUCUUGACUAAAAUCAAGAAGCUUUUGGAGACAGUGUGCCACAACUGUGGAAAGAUCAAAGCCAACACGAGCGAUUCCAAGUUUUUGGAAGCCUUACGCAUGCGAGACCCCAAGCGACGUUUCGACCACAUCUGGCGACUUUCGAAGGAUGUAUUAAUCUGCGAGGCCGAUCCAUCACCAGAUGAUGAGGAUUUUCAAAAAGAGGGCUCGGAGAAGAAGAAUUUCCAUGGUGGAUGUGGCAACGCCCAGCCCACCGUUCGAAAGGAAGGUAUCACUCUCGUCGGCACAUGGAAACCCAGCAAGGCUAUGAUGGAGGAGGAAAUGGCGCAGCCAGAGAAGAAGGUGAUCACUCCUUCAAUGGCCCUGAACAUCUUCCGCAACAUUUCUUUCGAAGAAGUGCGUAUCAUGGGUCUCAGCAACGACUACGCCCGCCCCGAAUGGAUGGUUCUUACAGUCCUUCCUGUCCCACCCCCGACUGUCCGGCCUAGUGUUAUGAUGGGAGCUACAAGUGGCGCUCGAGGUGAGGAUGAUUUGACUUAUAAGCUUGCUGAAAUUGUGCGCGCGAACCAGAACGUUCAGCGUUGCGAGCAAGAGGGUGCUCCAGAGCACGUUAUUCGUGAGUUUGAGUCCCUGCUGCAGUAUCACAUUGCAACGUAUAUGGACAACGACAUUGCCGGUCAGCCUAAGGCUAUGCAAAAGGGCAACCGACCUGUCAAGGCUUUGCGUAGUCGUUUGAAGGGUAAGGAAGGUCGUCUGCGUCAGAAUUUGAUGGGUAAGCGUGUCGAUUUCUCGGCUCGUACCGUCAUUACUGGUGAUCCCAACCUUUCCCUUGAGGAAGUUGGUGUGCCUUAUUCGACUGCAAAGAUUUUGACUUACCCAGAGGUGGUGACGCCUUACAACAUUGAAAAGUUGCAAGCGUUGGUCUCAAAUGGACCUAACAUCCAUCCUGGAGCCCGGUACAUUGUUCGAGAUAACGGUGAACGUAUCGAUCUUCGCCACGCUAAGCGUGCUGGAGCUCAACAACUGCUUUAUGGCUGGAAGGUUGAGCGUCACCUUGAUAACGGCGAUGUAAUUUUGUUCAAUCGUCAACCUUCUCUUCAUAAGGAGUCCAUGAUGGGACAUCGUGUCCGUGUCAUGCCAUUCUCGACAUUUCGAAUGAAUUUGUCUGUCACAUCGCCGUACAACGCCGAUUUCGAUGGUGACGAAAUGAAUUUGCACGUUCCCCAGAGCGAGGAAGCUCGCGCUGAACUUUCAGAGUUGGCCCUCGUCCCAAAGAACAUUGUCUCUCCUCAGCGCAAUGGUCCCUUGAUGGGUAUUGUCCAAGACAGUCUUUGCGGUGUUUACAAACUUUGCCGUCGUGAUGUCUUCCUAUCCAAGGAAGCAGUCAUGAAUAUCAUGCUUUGGGUCCCUGAAUGGGAUGGUGUCAUCCCGCCUCCUGCGAUCCUCAAACCCCGUCCUCGUUGGACUGGAAAGCAGAUGAUCAGUAUGGCUUUCCCCACUGGGUUGAAUCUGCUGCGUAUCGACAAGGAUAGCUCGCCACUCUCCGAGAAAUUUAGUCCUCUUAAUGACGGUGGCUUGCUCAUUCACGGCGGUCAGCUGUUGUACGGUGUCCUUUCCAAGAAGACCGUUGGUGCCAGUGGUGGAGGUGUUAUUCAUACCAUUUUCAACGAGUACGGAUGCGACCAAGCUGUCCACUUCUUCAAUGGUACCCAGCGCAUUGUCAACUACUGGCUCCUACACAAUGGUUUCAGUAUUGGCAUUGGUGACACGAUUCCAGAUCGUAAAACCAUUGAUGCGAUUGAGGACGCCGUUCGUGCGCGAAAGAAGGAAGUCGAACAGAUCACCGCUAGUGCCACUGAGAAUACCUUGGAGGCUUUGCCUGGUAUGAACGUUCGUGAGACUUUUGAGAGUAAGGUAUCCCGUGCUCUCAACAACGCUCGUGAUGAGGCCGGUGCUGCUACCGAAAAUAGUUUGAAGGAUAUUAACAACGCCAUUCAAAUGGCUCGAUCCGGUUCUAAGGGAUCCACCAUCAAUAUUUCCCAGAUGACAGCCGUCGUCGGACAGCAAUCAGUCGAAGGAAAGCGUAUUCCUUUUGGUUUCAAGUACCGUACCUUGCCGCAUUUUACAAAGGAUGAUUAUUCUCCUGAGUCCCGUGGAUUCGUCGAGAACUCCUACCUCCGGGGACUUACCCCCACCGAGUUCUUCUUCCACGCUAUGGCUGGUCGUGAAGGUUUGAUCGAUACGGCUGUCAAGACCGCCGAGACUGGUUACAUUCAGCGUAAGCUGGUCAAGGCCCUGGAAGAAGUUAUGGUCAAGUAUGAUGGUACAGUCCGCAACUCUCUUGGCGAUAUUAUUCAAUUUAUCUACGGAGAGGAUGGUCUGGAUGGUGCACACAUCGAGAACCAACGUGUUGACAUCAUUCGCUGUUCCGAUGACAAGCUUCGUGAUCGCUUCCGUGUUGAUGUCAUGGACCCUGAGCGUAGUCUUGGUCCUGAUGUCCUGGAGCAGGCCAAUGAGAUCGCCGGUGAUAUGGAGGUUCAGAGGUACUUCGACGAGGAGUGGGAGACACUUCUUAAGGACCGUGCUUUCCUCCGUACUGUUGCCAAGGAAGACGAAGAAAUGAUGCAGCUUCCCAUCAACAUUCAAAGAAUUCUUGAAAUGGCGCGAACUACUUUCCGUAUUCGCGAAGGCACUAUUAGUGACCUGCACCCCGCUGAGGUCAUUCCUCAAGUCCAGGCUCUCUUGGACCGUCUAUUGAUUGUUCGUGGUGAGGAUGAAAUUUCACGCGAGGCACAGGACAACGCUACAUUGCUAUUCAAGGCUCAGUUGCGUAGUCGUCUUGCUUUCCGACGACUUGUUACGGAAUACUCCCUCAAUAAACUUGCCUUCCAACAUGUGCUCGGUGCUAUUGAGAGCCGUUUCGCUCGUGCGACAGCUAAUCCUGGAGAAAUGGUCGGUGUUCUCGCAGCUCAGUCUAUUGGUGAGCCUGCUACUCAGAUGACACUGAAUACCUUCCAUUUUGCUGGUGUUUCUUCCAAGAACGUUACUCUCGGUGUGCCUCGUCUUAAGGAAAUUCUGAACGUUGCUACCAACAUCAAGACUCCUUCCAUGACUGUUUACCAGGAGCCCGAGCAUACUUUCAACAAGGAAGGUGCCAAACAGUUGCGAAGUGUUGUGGAACACACUAGUUUGCGAUCCGUCACUGAAGCAACUGAGAUUUAUUAUGAUCCCGAGAUUCAGUCUACAGUCAUUGAGAACGAUCGGGAUAUGGUGGAGUCCUACUUCAUUAUCCCUGAGGAUGUUGGCGAAGAUCCCGCUCACCAGUCCAAGUGGCUGCUUCGUAUUAUUCUCAGUCGACCUAAGCUCCUGGAUAAGGGUCUUACUGUGCAGGAGGUUGCUGCUAGAAUUAAGCAAGCUUACCCACGUGACAUUGCUGUUAUCUUCAGUGAUAACAACGCCGACGAGCAAGUCAUUCGUAUCCGUCAAAUCCAGGACUACAAGGACGAUGAAGAUGAUGAUGUUGAGUACGAUGUUACUCUGAAGAAGCUCGAGCAGCAUCUUCUUGACACUCUGACCCUUCGUGGUGUUCCUGGCGUCGAGCGUGCGUUCAUCAAUGAAAAAAGCAUUGUUCGCAUCCUUGAAGACGGUACCUUGUUCACUAGCAAGUCCGAUCCCCUCUGCAAGGAGUGGGUUUUGGAGACCAGUGGCUCCGCUUUGGCUCCUGUUCUUGCUAUUCCUGGUGUGGACGCUACGCGUACAUACUCUAACCAGUUCAUCGAAAUUUUUGAGGUGUUUGGUAUCGAGGCAGCUCGUACUGCCGUCCUUCGUGAGUUGACUCAGGUGCUGGCCUUCGAUGGUUCCUAUGUCAACCAUCGUCACUUGGCCCUGUUGGUUGAUGUCAUGACUGUUCGCGGUUACCUGACUCCUGUCACUCGUCACGGUAUCAACCGCGCUGACAAUGGUGCGCUGAUGCGUUGUUCCUUCGAAGAGACUGUGGAGAUUCUUCUUGAGGCUGCUGCCUUCGGAGAGCUUGACGACUGCCGCGGUGUGUCAGAGAAUCUGAUUCUUGGACAGAUGGCCCCCGCUGGAACGGGUGAGUUUGAUGUCUACUUGGAUCAGAACCUGCUUAACACUGUUGUCUCCAACAAUGCUCGAUUCGGUCUCAUGGGCGGUGUUGGUGCCAAGGACGCCAUCAUUCCAGAUGGUGCUGCAACUCAGUACGAUACUGGAUCGCCUAUGGCCAGCUCCCCAUACUUGGCGGAUGGCGACCCGGAUGCAAGCUUCUCGCCCAUUCGCCAGCCUGGCGCAGAGACACCCGGUGGACCCCGAUACCCAUCUUUCGGUCAUGAAUUUGGUGCAUUGAGUCCCGGAGGUGCUCGUAGCCCUGCUAGCAGUUAUUCUCCUAGCAGUCCGUUCAAUACCAGUCCGACAUCUCCUGGAUACUCCCCAUCCUCGAGCUAUUCUCCCACAUCGCCUGGUAUUGGUAUGACCAGUCCUCGGAUGACUUCACCUGGCUUCUCACCUACGAGUCCGUCGUUUAAUCCGACUUCGCCGGCUUACUCGCCGACAUCUCCAGCUUAUGGCCAAGCGUCACCUACGUCUCCGUCGUACUCACCAACUUCGCCUGGCUUCUCGCCAACAUCCCCCAACUACAGCCCUACGUCACCUAGCUUUAGUCCGGCAUCGCCUGCCUUUAGCCCGACUUCGCCUAGUUACAGUCCUACUAGCCCUGCGCUGGGUGGCGGUCGGCACUUGUCCCCCACUUCCCCCACUUCACCCAAGUAUACUCCUACUUCCCCUGGCUGGUCUCCCACGAGCCCCCAGUCUUAUUCGCCAACCUCUCCAAACUUUUCUGGCUCGCCGACGUCGCCUACCUCCCCUGGCUACAGCCCGACAUCCCCGGCUUACAGCCCUACGUCCCCGCGUCAGUGA